GUCGCAAACGGGCCACCGAACGAGCAGCAACUCCGUACGCCUCAUUUUGUGUGUCGUGUCGUUUGUUUCCGAAAAAAAAACAAAAAAACAGUCGGUGAAAAAUAGAUCGGAAAAAGAAAUUUGUGUGUGUAGCCCCGUAAGCCUAAUGUAAUUAGGCUAUUGUAUACUUUUUUUUUCUGGAUUAAAUUGAGUGUGUGUUAUUUUUUUUUAAAAGUGAAAUACGUUUAGCUAGUGGAUUUUUUGAAUUCAAUUUUGAUGGGAGAUGUUGAAUCACAUUUAACGGACAUGUUACGGAUGUGUGUGUUUGUGACAUCGCAAAAUGCUCGACUCAUUUUCAGUGCCCGUGUAACGUCAAAAGUGAUUGACUGUUGACUUACACACGUGAAUAUUCUGCCAACGACGGGAUACAAAUUGGGACAUUUAUAUUUCAAAAAAAAAAAGAAAUCGAAUUGAAUUCGCCUGAGCUGCCGAGAAAAAGAGAAAAAAAAAAUGAAACCAAAACAAGAAUUGACGAUGGAUAGUAAACAGGAGCGGCGGGAUGGCAGGGCGCAACACAUCAAGUGUCAGAGAAGAAUAGCAGAUGAUGCCGUUCAAACAGACUCUUUGUUAUCGUACUCUUCCUGGUGGACGAUGAUGAUCCUGCUCGUUCUACACGCUCCUCUACCAGCGACUUGCAGCACAGCCAUCGGCAACUGGAUGAACCUCGGAGUCCAGGGCUACGAAGUUUGGAGGAACCCGCAACUUUACAUGGUCGGAGCCCAGCCGCUUUGCACGCAAAUCCCUGGAUUGUCUCCCGGCCAGGCGAAACUGUGCCAACUCUACCAGGAUCACAUGAGCUCGGUGGGACGAGGCGCCAGGGCCGGUAUCGCCGAAUGCCAGUGGCAGUUCCGCUACAGGAGGUGGAACUGUUCCACCGUCGAAGAUUCCACCGUUUUCGGGCCCGUCUUACAAAUAGGGAGUCGUGAAGCGGCUUUCGCCCAUUCAAUCGCCGCCGCCGGUGUCGUUCACUCCAUUUCACGCGCUUGCCGCGAGGGUCAGCUCUCGUCGUGCGGCUGCUCCAGAGCUCUACGACCCAAGAAUUUGAAUCAGGAAUGGAUCUGGGGCGGUUGCGGAGAUAACAUCGAAUACGGUUACAAGUUCACGCAAGGCUUCGUCGAUGUCCGCGAACGCGAGAAGAACUACAAACGGGGCUCACGCGAACAAGGGCGCAGUUUGAUGAACCUCCACAAUAACGAAGCUGGACGUCGGGCGGUGAUUAAGAAAGCGCGUGUCACAUGCAAAUGCCAUGGCGUCUCUGGCUCAUGCUCUUUGGUAACGUGCUGGCAGCAACUGGCGUCGUUCAGAGAGAUCGGUGAUUUCAUGAAAGACAAGUAUGACGGUGCCACGGAAGUGAGAGUUAACAAACGAGGCCGUCUUCAGGUCAAAAAUGCCCAGUACAAUUUACCGACUGCCAACGAUUUAGUUUACCUGGACGAAUCACCGGAUUAUUGCUUGCGCAACAAAACCAUCGGAUCUUUCGGUACUUACGGCAGGCCGUGCAACCGGACGUCGGCCGGCAUGGACGGCUGCAAUCUCAUGUGCUGCGGACGAGGCUACAACACGCUCAAGACUACGGUCAAGGAGCGUUGCAAGUGCAAGUUCCACUGGUGCUGUCACGUCGAGUGCAAAACUUGCGUCAAGACGGUCGACAUUCACACCUGCAAGUAGUAGUUGAGAAACAAAACAAACUUCAAGAAAUUACGAGGAAAAGUUUUCUUUUUAAAGUAUACAAACUAACUGUCCUAAUUCAUUUCUUCCUUCUCCCUCUCUUUCUUUCUUUCUGUUACUCAAACACAAAACAAAACAUUUUUUGCAUAUUUCAUUUAAAACACACACUCACUCUCCCUCACUUUUUGUUUUACCAUUUCAUUUUCGUUUGAAAUAUUUGGCUAAAUAAUGAAUUCGGUUCGUAAUUAUUCUUAACCGUUUCGCCGUUUUAUCACUCGAUGUGUAUUAUAAAAGAUGACGUGAUUUCUGUGCGUGUCGAUUCACGUUUGGGGCAGGAGGGAAUUUGAAGAAAACACAGCAACUCUCUUUAUUUUUUUUCUUCCUCUCAUGUUUCUGUUUGUGACUUCCUGUACGUUUAUUUUUAUUCUUUCAAUGUGUCGUUUAACAGGGCUAACUUUCAACAUUGCCGUGUGUUUUAACUUUUCCUUUUUCACGUUUCCUGUUCGCGCCAAUACUCGCCUUUUUCGUCAAUGUGUAUACGCCGGUGUGUUUGUUCGAAAAUGUGUGACUGUGGAAACUAUGUGUGCAAGUGUUGAUUGACUGAUUCGAUUAUUUAGGAUUUUUUUAUUUGUUUUUUGCUCUCUUACUAUUAUUAUUAUUAUUAUGAUUUCGUUUCCAUUUUUCGAAAAAAAAAAAGCCAUCAAGCCAAACGAACGAACGUUGCGAAUUUUUGUUUUGUUUUCCCCCUUUCAGAUAUGUUGACAACUUUGAUUUUUGAUUCAGUUAUUUUUUUUCCAUUGUCUCCAACAUUACAGACGAGUCGAAAGAAACACAACAAAAAAGAUAAAAACAAAA